UAACCAGUGUCAGUUUUUUUUCAGUCGUGUGAUAUGCUCAAGGUGUGACUUUAGCGUGUAUUGUAGUUGCAUCGAGAUUAAUAAAUGAAAUAAACUGAUGGUGGCGAAUUUGUGAAAAUUUUCUCCUCAGCGUUUGAUGGAUCCUUCCAUAUCUUGGCUACAACCAGAGCAAGAAGGACCUGCAAAGCAAUUGUGGCUUCGUAGUUGGCAGACUACUCAAGAAUCCUAUAAGAUGAAUUUAAAAGAAGGCGACAGUGAAAUAGAAAACAUCACGAAUGGGUAUACAACCCACGGGAAUCACAAAUUAGGACUCAUGAACGGAAAAACUGAUAAAAGUGCCACUCUUUCUAGAAGGCGGAAAGAUAGCAGACCCGCCAGUAGAAUCGUACAUCGGAAAUUAAGUAGUGAUUACGGAGGGUGUCCAUGGAGGCCGCACAAAUUUCCCUAUCAAAAGGGCGUUAUGGGCCUACAUCAAGAGAUAGAACACUUUUAUCAUUACAUGAGUCCUACUCAAGCCGAAGAUAAAAUUCGGGCAGAAGUGGUAGCUCGCAUCGAAAAAAUUAUCACGUCGAAAUGGAGUGAAGCGAAAGUAGAAGUUUUUGGGUCGUAUAGAACUGGUCUCUAUUUACCUACCAGUGAUAUUGAUCUCGUAGUUAUAGGUAAAUGGCCGAAUCUUCCUUUGAGGACGUUGGAACAGGAAUUUCUAGAGAAGGAUAUCGCCGAUCAGGACAGUAUAAAAGUAUUGGACAAGGCGUCAGUGCCCAUAGUAAAACUAACCGACAAAAAAACGGACAUCAAAGUGGACAUUUCUUUUAACAUGAGCAACGGUGUUAAAUCAGCCGAACUAAUAAAAACGUUUAUAGAAAAAUUUCCAGUUUUACCGAAAUUAGUAUACGUUUUAAAACAAUUCCUUUUAGAAAGAGACUUGAACGAAGUUUUUACGGGCGGCAUAUCGAGUUAUAGCUUAAUAUUAAUGUGCAUAAGUUUUCUACAGCUACAUCCUAUACAGGAUACGGCUCGGAAUAGUAGUGCUAAUUUGGGGGUGUUACUUAUAGAAUUUUUCGAACUCUACGGUAGGAAAUUUAAUUACGUUAAAACUGGUAUACGUAUAAGAGACGGUGGUAAAUAUUUAGAUAAGGACGAUAUGCAAAAAGAAAUGGUCGACGGUCAUAGACCUAGUAUGCUAUGUAUAGAAGAUCCCCUACAACCCUCCAACGAUAUCGGUAGAAGUAGCUAUGGUGUUCUACAGGUAAAAAGAGCAUUCGAAUACGCUUACAUAGUUCUUACGAAUGUAGUUCAUCCGUUUACCAUUUACAACAAUUGCGCCCAUCAAUCUAUACUCGGUAGGAUAAUUAGAGUUAGGGAAAAUGUGAUAAGACAAAGGCAGAUGGUGGAAGAUAAUCUUCGGAUGAGACCAUCUCGUUCUUCGAGCGUUGGAUCUACUGGAUCGAGUACCGAAGAAAGUGCAGUCAGUUCAGAAGGUUCGGACGUACCAUCCAGGGACAAUUCGCCCAAUAUUAAUUACACUCCAUCCCGUCAGAGCGCGCCUAAAUCGAGGAGCGUCGGUUAUAGGAAUAAAGGGGGCUACAGGAAUAAUCACAACGGCAACAAUCACGUUACCAAUCAGAAUACUUUCCACAAUAGCACCAUGAAACGUAAAAAACCCAUGAAGCAAUAACGAUGAUGGGUAUAUGUAGGUUGAAACUUUAUAUUUUCGGUUGAUUCGUUGUUAUAAUAAGACCAUCGGGUGGGUUAUUUUUGUUUUGUAUGUAUACCCGGUGUUUUGACGAAAAUUUGACGAUUUUUUUGGUAGGAUUCCAUUAUGUUUGUGGGAGUGAUCAUGUCGGAUAUAAAAAAUAUGGUUUACAACAAAAAAAAAAUGUAUAAAAUUUAGUUAAGCACAAAAAAAAUAUAAAACGAAGAAAAAUUCGACAUGUUUGGAUACUUGAUGUAAAUUUUAUUUAAUUAUUCAAAAUUUUGUUCUGUAAACUACUUCGGUUUUUGUCUCUUUUUCUUUAUAAUGUUUGAGUUAUACAAAAUUAUUCUUUUUGUUUGUUGAAAUGUUGAUAAAUUGGUAUUUGUAUUUUUUUUCUAGUGUAUUAUGUGAGAUUAAUUUUUUUGUUUUUCAAAAAUUGAUAAUUUCAUCUACUGAGUUUGUUUUUUUAUGAUUAUUAAACUUAUAUUCGUUUUAGAAGUGGGGCAAUAUUAAAAACUAUAUUUUUCUUGUAAAUAGAUGUUUCGACACCGAAAUUGACAAAAAUGUUUACACAGAUUGAUCUACAACAAGCGUUGUGAUCUUUUUAAAAGUUAUUUAAAGAAAUUUUUUAAAAUUUCCCAGUAAAUUUUCAACAGAAUUGAGAUUUUAACCAACUCGUUCAAAAAAGUUGUCAAAAUAACUUUCAAUAUAUCACUAAUUUGCUAUUCAACAAAAGUUUGUAGAUUUUUUCUUAGUGUAUUGUAAUAAUGGGUAAAAUCGAAAAUUUUCUCUGAGGGGUUGGUUUUUUUGGUGAUUAUUAAAAUUGUGGAUAUUUCAUAAGGGGGGCAACAGUACAAACAAUAUUUUUCUCAAAAAAAGUUGUUUCAAUACCGAAAUCGAUCAAAACAUGAAGAAGAUUUGAAUUAUUACAAACGUUGUGAUCUCUGAUAGACAUUUAUCGAAAUUUUUCAAUAAAAUUUCAACAGUAAUGAGCUUGUUCCAAAAAUGGUCGAAAAAACUGAAAAAAAAAUGUUCCAAGUGUUUGAAAAUGUAGUGGAAAGAUCUUAAUUCGUCAUUAUUUCACUAAUAUGCUAUUUAAUAAAAGUUUAUAGGUUUUUUCUUAGGGUAUUUUGAAGAAAUAGUUUGAAAAAUUGAAAAUUCUCUUAGCAGAGAUACUUUUUUCUGAUUUUUGUAACAUUUAUGAACGUUUUACGAGUGGGACAACAGUGCAAACUUAAUUUUUCUCAAAACCAGGUGUUUUAACAGUAAAAUUGACACAAUUUUAAAUACGGGCUGAAUUGUGUCAAGCGUUGUGAUCUUUCCAACAAACAUUCAUUCAAAUUUUUCAAAAUUUUCCAAUAAAAUUUCAAUAGAAUUGGGAACUUGUUCCAAAAAUGUUAAAAAUAUAUAAAAAACACUUCAAACUAUGGACUAAAGUGAUCGUUUUAUUUUUUACAUGACUUAUUCGAUCAGAAUUGACACAAAAAUAGUUCAAAAUAUUUGAAAAAAUAAUAGUAGGAAGAACUAGAUUAAUCUUUUAUUUUCAAAAAUAGUUUUUACUUCCAUUCUUUUGUUAUAUAACAUAAAUUCGUAGUUUUUUUUCUUAGUGUAUCGUAAAGAAUUAAUUUUUUAAUAUAUCAAACAUGAAAAUUUUUCUCAGCACAGUAACUUUUCCAUUUUUUCUGAUUUUUGUUACAUUUAUGAACGUCGUAGAAGUGGGGCAACGGUGCAAACUUAAUUUUUCUUAAAAUCAGCUGUUUUGGUACUGAAAUUAACACAAAUUUAAAUACAGGUUGACCUAUAACAAGCGUUGUGAUCUUUUUUAUCCAAAUUUUACAGAAUUUUCCAAUAAAGUUUCAACAGAAAUUGGAUUUUAUCAAAAUUAUACCAAAAAAGGUCAAAAGGAACUUGAAUCGUUACAAACUAUUAAUCGAAGUUUCAUAUUUGAACAAAACUCACAUAAACAAACUAGAAAUUCAUAUUGUAUUGUCAAUAUUUCAGUAAUUUGUUAUUUAACACAAUUUUUUCUUAGUGUAUUGGAAGGAAUUCAUUUUUUUAUUACAACAAUUGAAAAAAUUUCUGUUUCUCUUUUUUAAAUUUAUGUGUUCGAUAUUUAAUUAAAUUUAUUUGAGUGGGGAUAUAACAUGAACUUUAUUUUGCGUUUACGCAACAAAUUUUCUAAUAUUUUUCACAAACUAAUCUGAUUUUUCACAAAUUACUAAUAUUUCAACAGCUUUUGGAUUUAAUCCAACAUUUUUUUUUAAAUCAAACAUUUUUUUUAUAAAAAAAAGAGACAAAUUGAAGUUUUUAGUAAAGGGAUGCAGUUUAAAGUAAUUUAUGAAUAUCGGUUCCUUUAUGCUCUUAAUUUGAGACACGCUAUAGCUCUCACCUUGGUAAUUCUAUAGAUUAGAAUUUUUUUUUUUUUUGAAAAAAAGGAAAUUUUCGUCCUGUAAACACUUGGUAUAUGUAUGUGUAUUAUAGAUAAUAUUAAUUGAAAAGAUAUGAUGGUUGCUAUAUAAUAAAUAAUUUAAAUUAUUUCGCAGUGAAUAGAGGAGAAAUGGUUAAUACCAUAAUUAUAUAUCAUAAUACGAAUAAUAUUUAUUUUGUAUCACUGUGUAUACUAUUUUUUUACGUUUACAUACUUCAUAUUCAUUUAUAUAAAAAAAUAUAUAUAUAUACAAUUGAAAUUUUAUUAGAUAUAUAAAAAAAACCAAAAAAAAAAAUAUAAAAACAAAAAUUUAAAAAUAUUUUUUUACUUAUAAGAAUUUUAUUUAAUGGAAAAAUACGUAUUAGAAGGAAACUUCUAUUGAAUUGGGUGUUGGAGUUUGUAGGAGAAUUUUUACAAACUUUUAGGGGAAUUUGAAAAGUUUAAAAUAAUGCAAAAAAAUAUCUAAAAAAAAAAUAAAAUUGGAAAAAACCUGACCGUCCCUUAUCUGUAAGGGAUGCAUGAUACUUGAUUUACUGUAUAUUAUUUUAAUUUUAAUAUGAGGCGUAAAUCAAGCACAAGUUUAUUUAUUUACAAUACUAAAUUGGACGUUAAAUAAUCUAAGUGGUCUUGUAAAUAUGAACAUAUGAAAUAGGACGAUAAAAAAUCGAUUUUUUUGAUAUUAUCCUAGUUUUUUCCUUAUAAAUAUCUUGUAAUUUAAUUGUUGAUCCUUCAUUUUCAUUUUUGUAUCAUUUUGAACACAAGUUCUAACAUUUUCUCAGUGCAAACCAAGUAAAUUGCAAUUUCUCCAUGAUAUAAUAUCUUCAAGUCUUUAACAUACUUCUAACUUUGUUAUUGUGGUAAAAUUUGGUAAUAUUGUGAACGGUGAAUCUUUUCUAGCCCGAAAUAUGCCCCUGUCACUUCUUUUUGAUACUUUAUUGCAGUAAUAAAGUCGAUAAAAAUAUUUGAUAUCAAAUAAAUUGAUUUUAGGAAUGAUUUGAACAUAUAAAAGUCUUCAACGUACUUCUAACUUUGUGAUUCUUGUUAAAUUUGUUAAUAUUGUGAACGGUGAAUCUUUUCUAGCCUGAAAUAUGCCCCAGUCACUUCUUUUUGAUACUUUAUUGCAGUAAUAAAGUCGAUAAAAGUAUUUGAUAUCAAAUAAAUUGAUUUUAGGAAUGAUUUGAACAUAUAAAAGUCUUCACUGUACUUCUAACUUUGUAAUUCUGGUUAAUCAUCAAUCGUGGAUCCUUCUUCGACAUUUUUAAUCACAAUCUGUCGACGUGGACUAUUCUGAAUAAUAAAAAUUUGUUUUCCAGACUAUAAUCUUCAUUUUUGUUUCAAUUUGGACCCAAAUUCCGAUAUUUCCUCAUCAAGUGCAUUCCAAUUUCUUCGCGAGACAAAAACUUUAAUUUUGAGAUUCUGGCUAAAUUAAUUAAUAUUGUGAAUGGUACAUUUUAACUAGUUCAUAAUAUGAUCGUUAGAGUAACAAAGUAAAGAAAUUAAUUUCGGGAAUGAUAGUCCACAUUACAUGAAUAAAAAAUUGAAAAAUCCACUUGAAUUUUGUGUAUUUGGUAAAUUUCAGUUGGAAAAUAGAUCAGAUGCAAAGAAACAUAUUGCUACAUAUUUAUUUGAGUAUACGGUAUUGAUUUAAUAUUAUUUAAACAUCAAUUAUUACAUUUAUAUGUUUUUUUUCCAAAAUUAUUUGCCCUCUAUUUACUGUUUUCGAAAUAUGCCCUAUCAUAUCACCAUAUUUAUAACCCGAAGUAUAUACAUUGUCAGUCAUGAUUAAUUUUUCAUAUAUAAGCAGAUUUUCCUUUAAAUCUUUGUAUUCAUUCGAUAUUUAUGUUAGAUUUAUAAGAGUGAGUUAAAAAUAUAAUCAACGAAUGAUUCAUGUCGUAUAUAAACAUCGAUUUGAUGGUGAUUCUUAUGAGAAAUCAUGGUUGAAUAUUUAUUUCGUUUUAUAUGAUGCUAAUUUUAUCAUUUUCUUUUAUUGUAGAUCUUUUUAUAACAAUCUGAAUCCUUUCAUUGAUUCUUAUCGGUUUUAGUGAUACCGUAUAACAAAAUCUAAAUUCCUGUGUUGCUUUAUAAAUUUGAUCCGGGGUUAAUUGUAACAUUUUUGAAAAUUUUACUACAACAAAUUUUCUUAUAAAAAUUUUUUUUUUCUUGAAAAAUUCUCCCGAGGUGACUUUUCUCCUGAAGUAACCAGUAGUAGAAACAAUCCUCUACUUAGGAGAAUUCUGCACCAUCUUUCGGGGGUUAUUCUUUUUUUUCUUAAAGCCUCGACAUUGUCCCUUGCAACCCAUAUUCGGGAGCAAAGCCAAUCAUCCUUUUUUCACAGCUCUUGAAUGUCAAACACACAAAAAAACACUACUGUAAUAAAGAGGGGAUUGUACAUGCAAGACCCCACCUUUUCAGGAAGCUCCGGAGUAGAAUUAAACCGGAUUAUAAAGGGACUACUGUAUGUCUAAACCCUUUCAGUUUUCGUGGUCUUACUAACAUUUGGAGUUUAUUACAUUUUAAUAAAUUCUAAGAGCCAACUCUGUAUUUUGAAUCAAUGAUAGUAUUUAAUAUUUUAAUAACGGAUUCAGUUUUUUGAAAAUCAAUAGAUUUGUAUACAAAAUCUACCGUAGAGCCAUCAGAACAAUAAAUAGCAAAAAUUCAACCAAAUACAUUCGAAUUAACCACUUUAUCGAUUAUUUUUGACUGACAUUGUAUGUGAUCUGAACUUUUUUUUAAACGAAAUCGACCUUUACAAUGUAUAUAUGCCAUGUACUAUGUAAAAAAGUGAAAAAAAUGUGAUAUAAUUCAUAAUUAAGUGAAAUAAGUUUUUUCGUUAAUUUUUUUUUAUUUAAACAUGGGAAACGAAUGGGAUAUAUAUUUACUACUUUAUUUUUAUUACCAAAGUGUAUAUAAUUCUAAUGUAGAACCGUUUAGACAAAAUUUGAACUAACUGCAGGAUUUUUCUGUCAAGUUUUCCUCGAUUCCUUUCAUAGUGUUCAAUUUACCACUGUUUUAGAUUAUGUAUAUUGUCUCAUAUAACCUAUUCAUAUUUUAUCCCAGUCGUUUCUCACUUUGUAUAUAGACAAUUCUUCCAAAUUUUCUUUAUCCUCCUUCGGAAAGAACCUUUCGAUACCAGAAAUGGCCAACAACUACAUUUGCAACAGAAUUGAUCCAAUAUUUUUCGCUUCCUUCAAUCAGAAACAAUCUUUCGAUACCAGAAAUGACCAACAACUACAUUUGCAUCAGAACUGACAUACCAAAUGCAAUAAUUGUAUCUGAAGAAGGAUAAUAUCGUAACGAAACACCUGUAAGAUGUAGUGUAGGGGUAGUGUACAGUGUUUUAAUCAGAACUGAUUAACAGUAAAAGAUUUUUCGUCAUCUGGCAAUUUUCUUCCUAAAGACUGAUCAACUGGACCCUGUUAAAUAUCCGAUGAUGUCCUGAGAAUAGGAUUUUCUUGAUCUUUUCUUAUAUAAUUUUUUUUUUACCUAAAUGUUGAUAAAAUCAUUUGGAAUUAUCUAUUUUCCUUUCACUGAUUUAUCUGAUUAUCUUGAGCGUUUGUUUUCUUUUUUACCACCCAAAAUGUCCUCAUUUUCCUCCAUCUUCACUUGUUCAUUUUUUCCUUUUCACUAAUACAGUUUGUCCCAAAAGUAGUAAUUAUACUGCAAUACAAUUAUACAAUCCUGAAGGUGUGCAAAAUGUCAAUUUAAACAUUGAUAUAUUCUUGCAACUUAUCCCUUACAGUAUCAUAUACAGUGUGAUACAAAAUCAAGCUACAACGAAUGUUCUUACAGGCAUUAUCGAUUUAAAUAUUAAACUGUUGUGUUGUGACUGAUUUUAUGGUAUAAAUAUUUUCCAUUGGAUUUAAAUGUGAAGAACGUAGUGGCCACUCGUUUCCUCAUGUAAUGAUCCAGGUUUUAAGCAAAAUUUGAUCAUGUUGAGACACUUCGAUCAGAACAUAACAGAUGUGCUAUCUGGAGGAUUCAAUUGCUGAGUCGAAAUGACAUGACCGUUCAGUACACAGUCACUUGAAAGCAGUUUAAUUAGUUUUGAAUGUAAAUCUUAUUUCCAUGUGUCUCAAAUUUUCCGAUAUACUAAACACUAGGUUUCAAGGAUAUCCAUGUCGAUGCGUGUAUAAGUGGAAAAUGUCUUUUUUGGGGUUUGUAGUUUCUAAUGAAAAUCAACAGAAAAGUUACUGCAGUGGAAUUGUGAAAAUUGUAUAUUUUUUUUAAAUAAAUUUUUUUUAUGAAAAAUUAGUUUUUCUAUACCAUUGAUCUGUAUUCAAACAGGAAGUUGUCUAGACGUAACUUUAUUUUGAAUAAAAGUAGCAAUAACAUUUGUUAAGUCUGAUUAUACAGUUUGGUGAGCAGAUAUUUUUCGCAUCAUUGUUUAUUUAUUUUUUUUUAUAUUUUAGACUUGGAGAUUCCGAUUGUUUUUACUUUUAUUUUGGGUAUUAAAACAGAUAUAGAAUUGACAGCACGUCAAAGAAGCAGCUAGGCUUGGAGUCGGAGCAAAUUUGAAAUGAUUCUAGCUCUACUCGAAGACAAUAUAUUUAGUCGUUAUCAAUUAACAGAGAUUCAAUUAUAUUUUGAAGACUUUGUACCAGUUUGGUAUGUUUACUCCUCUAUCGGUGAGAUGUGGCUUGAAAUAUACUAUCGGAAUCAGAUCUGGUGAUUACGGUGUCUAUUUCAGUGGUAGUUUUAGCUAGAUAAACAUUUUAAAUUUGCUCCUUUUUAAAUUUGACGUACCUAUCGUGUUUAUUGUCAGUCUGUAUCGUAAUAUUUUUAUUCUCAGGACAAAAAAAUUGUCGACAAACUUAAUUUUUCUUUUUUUGUUGUUGUUGUGUAUAUUUGUUAGUAGAUUUAAGUAUUUAUGUUAGAUUUAUAAUAGUCGUUAAGGUGUUGUCUAUAUUUGUCAAAUAUCUUAUUCAAAGUUUUACAUUUGUAAUAAUAUAGACAUGUAAGUCAUUUUAAGUACAAA